UCGCCUCGCCCCGCUCCGAACUCGUGAAGGGCGGCUAUAAAGCGGCGCCACCGCCGGCCCCGAGUCCCCCGACUCGAUCAUUCCGGCCGUGCCCAUCACCCACUCACCGCGAGAGCGCGUACCGAAGCGAGGGUUUCGUGGUUGAGCGGGCGAGAGCGCGAUGGCGGGGGAGGGAGAGAAGAGGGGAGCGAUGGAGGCAGAGAAGGGAGAGGUGGAGAAGAGAGGGGAUGUUGCGGCGGCGUUGGAGGAGGGGAAGGGAGUGGCGGAAGCGAAGGAGGUGGCCGGCGGUAAGAUGGUCAUCCUGUGGAGCUCGCUGCCGGAGAAGAAGCGGUACGAUGUCCCGGAGGCGGCGGCGCGGCUGUCGGUGAUCCUCGGACAUAUGCUCGACGGGUGCGCCAAUGGCGACGACGUCGUUCUCCCUGUCGCCUCCAGGACCCUGGACACAGUGUUCGAGUACUGCAGCAAGCACGCCGAGGCUACCAAGUCCGACUCCGACCCCAACCCCAGCGCCGAGGCCAGUGUCGGCGGCGUCAACACGGCGGCGUCCGAGAACCUGGAGGAUUGGGACCGCAACCUCGUCGACCGCCUCAGCACGGACGACCUCUACGACGUCAUCCACGCCGCCAACUUCCUCGAGAUCAAGGGGCUCCUCGACGUCGUCUACCAGAGGGCCGCCGACAUGAUCAAGGGCAAGACCCACGACGAGAUCCGCGCCACCUUCAGCAUCGCCAACGACUUCACCCAGGAGGAGGAGGACGAGUUGCGCGAGCAGUACGCCUGGAUCUUCGACCGCGAGUAGGAGCCUCUGAAUCCGCUUCAUGCUGCUCACAUCUCACUAAAUCUGCCGGCCUAGCGCGCGUUCCAUGUUCUGCUGCCUCCUUUCUUCUGACGCCCGUCGUAGUGGUUGCUUCGUACAGUAGUUGUCUCGCUUCGAUAGGCUCAGAUCAACUGGGUUUACGCACUUGCUUAGCAUUUUCGUUUCGUCCUGUCGAAGAAGAACAGAAGCAAAUAUGUGGUGGAAGUUUUGAACUGCUUGCCUGAAGUGAACGAAUAUCACACCCUGACUCACCCGUAA